GCCUCCGUCACUUAGUUCAAAUGUCUUAUUUUGUCACUUCAGUGUCUGAAAUCCUCUGUUCACAUUUAUCUCAGUGACCACACGAGGCAGCAGAGGACCAGCAGCUCCUGUGUUCUUGCGAGCUAAAAUAACUGAUUUUCUCUAUGAGGUUUGGUGUGUGUCUCCGUCCCUUGUUAUCAACACAUUCACUCUUUCACUUGCGUUCCUGACAGUAAUGUGUGUUUCCUGGUUACCAGCAGGCUAUGCCUCCAGCUGCUUCGGCCUGACUGACACUCUGAGACUCCUUAAAGUGUCCACCAAGAUAUAACAGUUGGUACAAAGAGAGGAUCUGACGAGCUUUUCUCCAGCAUCUCCGUUGGUCCAUAUAUCAUGAGCACCACAGCCAAUGGCAACGACAGUAAGAAGUUCAAAGGGGACAUGAGAGGGGGCGGAGUCCCGUCCAGAGUCCUCCACGUCCGCAGACUGCCCAGUGACAUCACAGAGGCUGAGGUCAUCAGUCUGGGACUGCACUUUGGUGACAUCACCAACCUGCUGCUGCUGAAGGCCAAGAACCAGGCGUUCUUGGAGAUGUCCUCAGAGGACGCGGCUCAGAACAUGGUUAGUUAUUACUCCACAGUGACGCCCGUCAUCAGACAUCAUCCAGUCUACGUCCAGUUCUCCAACCACAAGGAGCUGAAGACGGACAACAAUCCCAACCAGGAGCGGGCCCAGGCGGCUCUUCGGGCUGUCAGUUGUCCUCAUGCGGCUGCAUCCAGCUCAGUUUUGAGGGUGGUGGUGGACAAUCUGAUGUAUCCUGUCACGCUGGACGCCCUGUGCCAGAUUUUCUCAAAGUUCGGGACCGUGUUGAGAAUCAUCGUCUUCACUAAGAACAGUCAGUUCCAGGCUCUGCUGCAGUUUCCUGACGGAGCAUCUGCUCACAACGCUAAACUGUCUCUGGAUGGACAGAACAUCUAUAAUGGCUGCUGCACUCUGAGGAUCAGUUUCUCUAAACUCAACAGUCUCAACAUCAAAUACAACAACGACAAGAGUCGAGACUUCACUAGACCAGACCUGCCCACAGGAGACGGCCCGCCCACUGCCAUGGAGCACGCUGCCAUGGCAACGGCCUUCACUCCAGGAAUCAUCUCGGCGUCUCCGUACACUGGAGCCACUCACACCUUCUCCCCAGCCUUCACCCUCCAACCUGCAGUGUCGUCUUCAUAUCCAGCUCUGACUCUCCCCACUCUACCUGCUGCAGCUCUGGCCUCUCUCUCUCUGCCCACAGCGUCCAGGCUCCACCUCCCGUCUCUCUCCACUGGACACUGUGUCCUGCUGGUCAGCAACCUGAACCCUGAGAGAGUCACGCCACACUGCCUCUUUAUUCUCUUCGGUGUUUAUGGAGAUGUGACCAGAGUGAAGAUUCUGUUCAAUAAGAAGGAGAACGCUCUGGUUCAGAUGUCUGACAGCACACAGGCUCAGCUGGCGAUGAGUCACCUGAACGGUCAGCGUCUCUAUGGAAACCCUAUUCGUAUCACAUUGUCCAAACACACUAAUGUGCAGCUUCCUCGAGAAGGACAUGAGGACCAGGGUUUGACCAAAGACUACAGCAGCUCUCCACUGCACCGCUUCAAGAAACCAGGCUCCAAGAACUACUCCAACAUCUACCCUCCAUCUGCGACUCUACACCUGUCCAACAUCCCCCCCUCUGCCGUAGAAGACGACCUCAGGAGACUCUUCUCCAGCUCAGGCUUCACAGUCAACGCCUUCAAGUUCUUCCAGAAGGACCAUAAAAUGGCUCUGAUCCAGAUGGGUUCUGUGGAUGAGUCCAUCGAGUCCCUGAUCCAGUUCCACAACCACGACCUGGGGGAAAACCACCAUCUAAGAGUCUCCUUCUCCAAGUCCUCCAUUUGACUGGACCAGACCGGACUAGACCAGUCUAGUCCAGACCGGACCAAUCGUGUCACCACACUCCCAUCAUUCCAGACCAGCAUCAACUCUGCUGUGAUGUCACUUCCUGCUUUAAGCUGAAAACAGGAAGACAUCAGGAAACGGAUUCAGAUUGUACUUCCUGUUCCCUCACUGUAUUAAAAGGAUAGUUCAGGUGUCCUUCAGUAAUUUUCAUUUAGAUUUAUCUCAGUGACACAGACUCACCACACGAGGCAGCAGUGGACCAGCAGCUGCCACUCAAAACACCUGAACUAUCCCUUUAAUCUCAAGAGUUAUUUAUUUUAAAUCUUCUUUGAUCAUCAUGACCUUUGCCCUCUGAACUGGGCGGCCUUGGCCUUCACUUGACCACUGUGCCUUAGACUGGACCCAUGUCCCAUCAUGCAUCUGUGUAAUGUCAUGUGAUUCACAGGUGAGAUCACAGGUGUGAAUCAUUUUUAUCUCUUGACUGUUUUUUAGAUUCUUGUUUUUUUUCAUAUUUCCUUACGUUUGCUUUGUAAGCGAUAUUUUUAUGUAAAUGAUUUAUUGUAGCAUUAUGUUAAUCAUUCCUGAGCUGUGAUUGGUUAUUGUGUUGUGGGCGUGUCUGCUCUACUGCGUUUACAAUGUGCGGAUGAUUUUUUUUUUUGUUUAAUCACAUUUGUGCGUUGCGACAUUCGUUGGUUUCUACGAUGGUUUUAUUUAUACGUUUGUUUUUCACGACAGCUGAAACCAAAAACAAACGAGAUGUGCUGAGUCGCUGUCAUUAAAUCAGCUGAGUCAUUAAAUCCUCUUCACUCGGA